AAGUUGGAAAAUCUCCGAUUAGAAAUUGUUGAAGUGUUGUGUUAUUUAGAACAAUUUUUUCCUCCAUCCUUUUUUGACAUAAUGAUCCACUUAACUGUUCAUCUGGUGAGAGAGGUAAAAAUGUGUGGGCCAGUGUAUUUGAGAUGGAUGUACCCAAUGGAACGGUACAUGAAAAUCCUAAAGGGUUAUGUAAGAAACAGAAGCAGGCCAGAGGGUUCAAUUGUUGAAUCCUACAUCGUUGAAUAGGCUGUAGAAUUUUGUUCAGACUUCUUGUCAAAUGUAGCAACUGUUGGGUCGUGUCUUCCUAUAUUUGAUAAUGAAAUUAGUAAAGGGGGUCGGGGUGUUUCUGUUUGCGACGUAAGUCGAGCUGAUCGAGAGGAAGCACACCGACUCGUUUUACAAAAUGUUGAUGAGGUUCAACCGUACAUUGAGAAACAUUUUGAUUGGAUCAAGACUACUUAUCCUAGUAAGUCGAAGAACCACAAAUGGGUGCAAGAUGAACAUUAUCGAAAUUUUAGUACAUGGUUGAAAGAAAAGGUAUUAUGCAAUACCGAGUGAUUUGAAAUUGGUAUGUUUUUCAUAAUCAUUUCAUGUAACUACUAAUUAAUUUGAUUUAUGCUAGGUGAUUGUGGAAAUGAGUGACUCCUCGAAUAAUGUAUCUCAGUUGCUACUUUCGAUAUCGCAUUUUCCUUCAUUUACUGUACUAAAGUAUCAAUCAUACUACAUAAAUAGUACUCAAUUUAACACGAAAGAUCGUGAUGCUUCUAGAAAAACACAAAAUAGUGGUGUCAUGAUUGUUGCUAGUGCUAUCCAAGUAGCUAGUUCAAAAGACAAAAACCCUAUUGAAUGUGAUAUGACCUUUUAUGGUGUAAUCAAAGAAAUUUGGGAUUUAGAUUACAUUAGCUUUCGAAUCCCUGUUUUUCUUUGUGAUUGGGUGAGGAGUGAUAAUGGAGUUAAAGAAGAUGAGUUUGGAUUCAAGCUAGUGGACUUGAAUAAAGUAGGACACAAGUCUGAUCGAUUUAUAAUGGCAUCCCAGGCAAAACAAGUAUUUUAUAUGAGUGACCCAAUAGACGGUCGCUGGUCAGUUGUUCUAACAACACAACCAAAAGAUUAUGAUUACCAAGAGUCUGGUGGAGAUUUAUAUCUCAAUGAUAAAACUUUUGAAAUCAAUCCACCACCAAUUGAUGUCGCCGUUCGGGACGAAAUAAUUUCUUCUCGGGAAGACGGUGAAGGAUUAUGGAUUGAGUAAACUAUCAAUCUAUAAAUAUUGGUGUGUUUUGUUUUAUAUUAUUUUAUAUUUUUUUGCGCCUAAUCUAAAUUUCUGUGUUAAUUUUAUGUAUUAUUAUUUUGCUUUAAUGUGUAGGUACAUUGACUAUGGAUGACCCCGGUGACUAUGAUGAUGAUUUUGCCCUUUGGGGACAA